CGAAUUGUAAAUAAUAAUAAUAUAUUUAAGAUUCUGCAAUAAUUAAAGAAAUAAGGAAAAUUCAUUUUAACGGACUGAUAAAUAUUCUCAAAGCAUAGCAAUGCAUAGGUCAACUGUUGGUAUAUUAACGAAUCAAUAUGUAAGAUAUAUGUCACAUGUUCCAAGAGCAUCACAAAUGAUUGAUCGAAUGGUACGAGUCGAUCAUGCUGGCGAACUUGGUGCAGACCGCAUUUAUGCAGGGCAAUUGGCAGUUUUAGGCGAUAAAAAAGUUGGUCCAACGAUUAAGCAUAUGUGGGAGCAAGAAAAGUUUCAUCGUGCAGAGAUGGAAAGACUUAUUAAGAAGCAUCGAGUAAGACCAACAGUAUUGACACCGAUCUGGAAUGUCGCUGGAUUUAUGUUAGGAGCAACAACAGCAUUGAUGGGAGAAAAAGCAGCUAUGGCAUGUACUGUAGCUGUUGAAACAGUUAUUGUAGAGCAUUAUAACGACCAAUUAAGACAAUUAAUGGAAUCACCAAAUCCCGAUAAGGAACUUUUAGACAUUAUUACGAAAUUCAGAGACGAGGAACAGGAACAUCAUGAUUGCGGUAUCGAUCACGGCGCAGAACAAGCUCCAUUCUAUUCAGCAUUAACAAAUGUUAUUAAAUUUGGAUGUAAAACUGCUAUUAAAAUUUCUGAGAGAAUAUAAUACACUCCUU